GUGCGGCUGCUGUGGCGCCCUGCGCCCCAGGUACAAAAGGCUGGUUGACAACAUCUUCCCCGAGGAUCCCGAGGAUGGCCUAGUGAAGACCAACAUGGAGAAGCUGACCUUCUAUGCCCUCUCAGCUCCAGAAAAACUGGACCGGAUUGGUGCCUACCUCUCUGAGAGGCUCAUCCGCGACGUGGGUCGUCAUCGAUAUGGGUACGUGUGCAUCGCCAUGGAGGCUCUGGACCAGCUGCUCAUGGCCUGCCACUGCCAGAGCAUCAACCUGUUCGUGGAGAGUUUCCUCAAGAUGGUGGCCAAGCUGCUGGAGUCCGAAAAGCCCAACCUGCAGAUCCUGGGCACCAACUCAUUUGUGAAGUUUGCCAACAUCGAGGAGGACACCCCAUCCUACCAUCGGAGCUAUGACUUCUUUGUGUCCCGCUUCAGUGAAAUGUGCCACUCCAGCCACGACGACUUGGAAAUCAAGACCAAAAUCCGAAUGUCAGGCAUCAAAGGACUGCAAGGGGUGGUGAGGAAGACGGUGAAUGAUGAGCUGCAGGCCAAUAUCUGGGACCCACAGCACAUGGACAAGAUCGUCCCGUCACUGCUUUUCAACCUGCAGCACGUGGAGGAGGCAGAGAGCCGGUCCCCCUCGCCCCUCCAAGCGCCAGAGAAAGAAAAGGAGAACCCGGCAGAGCUGGCUGAGAGGUGCCUUCGGGAACUGCUGGGCCGGGCUGCCUUUGGCAACAUCAAAAACGCCAUCAAGCCUGUUCUCAUCCAUCUGGACAACCAUUCUCUGUGGGAACCCAAGGUGUUCGCCAUCCGUUGCUUUAAAAUCAUCAUGUAUUCAAUUCAGCCGCAGCACUCCCACCUGGUUAUCCAGCAGCUCCUGAGCCACCUGGAUGCCAACAGCCGCAGUGCGGCCACGGUGCGGGCGGGCAUCGUGGAGGUCCUGUCAGAAGCCGCCGUCAUCGCAGCCACCGGCUCCGUGGGGCCCACGGUGCUGGAGAUGUUCAACACCCUGCUGAGGCAGCUACGGCUCAGCAUCGACUACGCCCUCACCGGGAGCUACGACGGGGCCGUCAGCCUGGGCACCAAGAUCAUCAAGGAGCAUGAAGAGCGCAUGUUCCAGGAGGCUGUCAUCAAGACCAUAGGCUCCUUCGCCAGCACGUUGCCCACCUACCAGCGCUCCGAGGUGAUUCUCUUCAUCAUGAGCAAGGUCCCGCUGCCUUCCCUGCAUCACCCCGUGGAGACCGGGAGGACAGGGGAGAACAGGAACCGGCUGACCCAGAUUAUGCUGCUGAAGUCCCUCCUCCAGGUGUCCAUAGGUUUCCAGUGCAACAACAUGAUGUCAGCCCUGCCCAGCAACUUCCUUGACCGCCUUCUGUCCACCGCCCUCAUGGAUGAUGCAGAGAUCCGUCUCUUCGUUCUAGAGAUUCUCAUCAGUUUCAUUGAUCGUCAUGGCAACCGCCACAAGUUCUCUUCCAUCAGUACCCUCAGUGACAUCUCUGUCCUGAAGCUGAAAGUGGACAAGUGCUCCCGGCAGGACACCGUCUUCAUGAAGAAGCACUCCCAGCAGCUCUACAGGCACAUCUACCUGAGCUGUAAGGAGGAAACGAACAUACAGAAGCACUACGAGGCGCUCUACGGCCUGCUGGCUCUCAUCAGCAUUGAGCUGGCCAACGAGGAGGUGGUGGUAGACCUUAUCCGCCUGGUGCUGGCUGUUCAGGACUUGGCCCAGGCCAACGAAGAGAACUUGCCUGUAUACAACCGCUGCGCACUCUACGCGAUGGGCGCCGCCUACCUGAACCUCAUCAGCCAGCUCACGACGGUACCUGCCUUCUGCCAGCACAUCCAUGAGGUGAUAGAGACCAGGAAGAAAGAGGCCCCGUACAUGCUCCCUGAGGACGUGUUUGUGGGGAGGCCCAGGCUGUCUCAGAAUCUGGAUGGAGUGGUGAUUGAGUUCCUCUUCCGCCAAAGCAAGAUCAGUGAAGUCCUGGGGGGCAGCGGCUACAAUUCAGACAGGCUCUGCCUGCCCUAUAUCCCUCAGCUGACAGAUGAGGAUCGCUUGUCCAAGAGGAAGAGCAUUGGAGAAACCAUUUCCCUGCAGGUGGAGGUGGAGUCUAGGAACAGCCCUGAGAAGGAGGAGCGAGUGCCUGCGGAGGAGAUCACCUAUGAGACGUUAAAGAAGGCCAUUGUGGACAGUGUGGCCGUGGAGGAGCAGGAGCGUGAACGGCGGCGGCAGGUGGUGGAGAAGUUCCAGAAGGCGCCCUUCGAGGAGAUUGCAGCGCACUGCGGGGCCCGGGCAUCGCUGCUGCAGAGCAAACUCAAUCAGAUCUUUGAAAUCACCAUCCGGCCCCCGCCGAGCCCGUCAGGAACCAUCACCGCAGCCUAUGGGCAGCCUCAGAACCACUCCAUCCCUGUCUACGAGAUGAAAUUUCCAGAUCUGUGCGUGUACUGAAUUCCAAGAGAUGGAGCUCCUCAGAGGGGUAGGGUGUGAGGGAGGGGCUCACCCUCACACCCCACCCCUACUACGUGCAAAUCUGAGAUCUCAGAAAAGGCCACCUUGGAUGGCAGCACCUUCCCAGCUAAGCAAGGUGGAGCCCCAGGCCCUCCCACUCCCCCCUUGUCUUCCCUGAGGGCAUCGGCCACCUGCCCCUCUAGGGCCAAUAAGCCUCUCACCUGUGCCCUGUAGUUUCCUCCGUGGUGUUGGUGAGGGGCCUAGAAUUGUAGGGGGUCUGAGGUCCUGAGGAGCUCCUAUGUGAUGCAGUAAGUGAAAGGCUCUUACGGUGUGUGGGUGGGAGGGGGCACAGCAGCCAUCCCCUCAGGAGGAAACUGGAUGGGGACACAGCUGGUCAAAGGGAGCUGCAGACAGCAAUCAAGAGGAAGCCCCCAGGGAGAGCUGGAAGCUGGGCGACCGCUCUCCUCCAGAGCAUCCCCUCCCUCUGGUCCCGAGGCCCUCAAAUCUCCAGUGUCUUUUCCACUCUCCUGCUCACCCUGCAGCUGUCUCCUCGUGAUUCUUUCUAUUAUUAAUUAAUUUUGAGCCCUUAUAACAGGAGCUGGGGUAGAGACACCAUGGUGGGGGCAGCAACGGCUGAAACGAAGGGCAGGCGGCUGCUGAUGGAGGGGCUGGCUCUCCCCAGGCUGGGCCUGCCUCCCCGAGGGGAGCAGCAGGCAGAAGUGGGCAGGUCCCUCUGCAGCGUCUUCUCACCCCCUUUUCUCAGAGGGAGCUUGCUUGGCCUUCCCAUGGUUCUCUCCCUUCUGGAUGUUUCUCUGAGUUGAGCUCUCUCUUUGCUGCCUUUCUUUCUGAGGAGCCCAAUGUGUUUCCAUAGCCUCUGGGUUGAGGGAGGGCAGGACCAGAUAAUAUGGUUCUAAGUGACUCAGGAGGAGCAUCUGCAGUGUGGAAGAGGCUCCUGGCCCGGCCUGGCUGGGCUGGGGAUGGAGGGUGGGAAGGGAUGGUAGUGGGGGAGGAGCACUUUGGGACUCAAGGGUGUCAGAAGUCAACCUUUUCGAUGUUUCAUUGGAGGAAAGAAGGAUCCAGCACCUGAUACUGGGAUGAUUUUUUAAUUCUUUGGACAAAUCUGAACCUCAGUGCCAACUGGCAAAGCUCGAGGCCUGGGGAGAGUGGUGGAAACCCCCUUGGGCUCUGUGUUUCCCUGAGUCCGGUCUGUCUGUCUGUGUGCAGAGUAGGAGCCAGGGAGCUGUUUGCUGUGCACUGCACUUCCCCUCUCUCACCCCGCUGCCUCUGACAGGACCUCACCUGGGCCUCCUCCUGGGACAGCGCCCAAUGGCCCAAAAUAAUUCUCCUUUUCCAGUGAAACAUCCAUAACUUUUCUGAGCCAAUAUAACUUACAGUAAGGUGGGAAUGGCCAAAUGAUUCCUCCCUAGAUAAUUUGUUUUUUAAAAAGAGGGAGAGUGAAUAGAUUUCUUGACCCAAAGGAACCCCUUUUAGGGUACAAUUUUAGGUGGUGGGGGCUGGGGUCAGAAGCAGGCUGUUUCUGCUGAGGGGAUGGCAGGCUUUUCAGGACACUGCAGACAGAACUUAAUGGGUGUGAAUGUAUUUGAGAUUUGGAAAUUGUAUUAAUUGUAUUAAUUUGGUUGAGAGCCCGAUGAUCAGCACAGACAGGUGUCUUCUCAAAUUGGGAGAAAUUUAGCAUACGCGUUUCCCACUACAUGUGCAGCUAUCUCCUGGGCAGGGGGCUUUCUGACCCUGCUCUUGUUGUUUCCCCCUUGGUCACUGCCCCCGUGCUCUGGGCCUGCAGCUUCCAGAUGGCCCGCAUGAUUACAGGGCUUGGGGCCCGGCUUCUGCUCCCCUCGUGGCUUUUGGCUAAUGCUCAUUACAAGCAUGAACUAAGACUUCUCCUCACUUUAAUAUCUUUAUUAAGAAACCACAUUUCAAAUAACUGGAAACAAACUUGAAGGUGAAUAACCUUGGGAAGAAACUUCACAGGAAAUCUAAAUCGCGAAUCACAAACACAUCCUUCCUCUCAGGGUCUUCCCCGCUGUGUCCCCUGCUCGGCUUCAAUGAGGAACCCUGCUUCUCCCUCGUGCCUCCUUGACUUCAGGGUCCCUCCCAUGGCAGCUGCACCCUGAGCGCUGAUCUUGUGACCCUGGUUCUGGAAUGUGGGAGGCAGGGCCCUGGGGCCCCUUUCUUGAGCCAGCGCUAGGACCAGAGACCUGCAGGUUCACGCAGACGUCCCUCCCUCCCCCCUCCCUGGGAACGGGGUGCAGAAAAGGGGUGGGCUCCCAUUUUUCAUAUGCUCAGCUCCUUCCUCUUCUGCAUCUGAAGCAGCUUUUUCUUUCCAUCACAACUGCGUAGCAAAGAUGUGUUUCUUUUAGAAAAUUGGCCGUCUUUUUUUGAGUGCCAUCUUCCCAGUUUCAAUUUAAACUGACAGUAGGAUAUUAGGUUGCCCGCUAACAGGAGGUAGAACCUGGAUUCUGGCCAAGUAUGCCUCAGAAUCAGAAAGUUUAAGGUGCAUGCUAACUCAAAUUGACAAGGAGAUGAUAAAUUAGGCAGUCUCCUUCACCCCCACCCUCCACCCCUCCACAAGCCCUGGGAAUGGAUGCAAAGCAAUUUGCUGAGCGCCAGACCUGAGGUCUAGCAUCCAUCACUGCUUCCUACCCUCUGAGCCCCGUAGUGUCUGAUGGCACUGUGUCUUGUGACUGACCCUUUUUGCUACCCUUGUCUGUUGUGACUUUGAGCUAGCAAGCCCACCCCAACAAGCUGCUCCCCAAAGCCGCUGAGGACUCUUGCCUCAUGGGCAAGGGGUAGGUUUGGUUAGCACCCUGCAGACAGAACUUAAUGGGGGUGAAUGUAUUUGAGAUUUGGAAAUUGUAUUAAUUUGGUUGAGUCAUGUCCGCGCAUAAGCAGCAGGUCAGCAGAAAGCACCACUGUGAUCCUGGAGGCUCCUCCUGUUUUCCGCACAGUAGGGUCCCCAGUGCCCUGGGCCUGUUCCCAUUUCCUUCUCUCUGAAAAGGAGAAAUAAGUGAUUUCUCGACUCCUAAAUGCCUCCUCUCCAGAGAAGGAACCCAGGCAGGGCAGGGGAAGAACUGGAAAAGUUCUCAGAUUCUCUCUGUGCAGCCCUCCACCUCAUGCACAGGUCUCAAGGCGUGAGCAGUGAGAAGGUGGUGCUGGGACUGACAACAGUGCUUGAAGAAGCGUGAGGGUCACAUAUGCACUGCCCUUUGCCCUGGGUGUUCUGGGUCCCAGAGAACAUGUUUCAACCAGCCUAAGAAUUAGCAUAGCCUCGGGGUACCUUUAAAUGGCUCCGAGGCCUGACCCCUGGGCUUCUCUGGGGGCCUCUGGGUCACGAUUCCUUCCAGUUGCUAUUUUAUUGUCCCCAGUCCAUCCAACCUGGGGCCAGAGAGUAUCAUGGAGAAGGGAGGCUACUUCUCCCAGUUCCUCCUCGUGACCAUAAGAUGACACGUGGCAAGCUGGGGGCCUGUGGGAGGGGACAGACCUGAGCUGUUAGGCCCAGUAUGAAGUCUGAAGGUGGAUGAGCUCCUCUGGGCAGGCCACGCCCGCUUCCCCCGACCAGUGGACCCCGAAGGCGGUUGUGUUGAAACAAUGCCUCUGCCUGAUGUCUGGGGAGGCAGCUCAGGGCGCUGCAUUCUUCAUCUUACUCACCUUAGGAAUCGUCUGGUUAGAGGGCCCCCUAUCCCAAAUCUGGCCACACCCGAAGACUGGCAAAGGAUGGUCAAGGUGGGCCUGGCCAGCCAGGGAAGUGGGGAGAAGGCACGGGGCAGUGGCCGGGGCUCUGUGGCCUGUUGGGGUGAGAAGGCCGUUUUCUGUGCCUCUUGUCACAAUGGCCAGGUUGGCCAGCACUCUGCUCCUCCAGGAGACCUUAGGGCCCAGUCGUCGUCGGGAACCCCCUCUUGAGCGCUUCCUCCGUGACUGCUGGUUCUGGCCUGUGGGGCGCCCAGCUGUAACCCCACAAAUGCUGCAGCCCAUACACUAUGACCUGUCUGUGUCCAUUUAGGCCUUCAGGACCUGGCUGAGAGUGUGCGUGCACGUGUGUGUAACCCAUAGUUCCUAGUUGACGAUGUAUGUAUAUAACAGCGGACGUAUUUAUAUGGGAGUGCACAAUUAGUGCCUGUGGCAGUUUUCUGUAUUUUAAACUCAUUGAGUCAAGUUAGUUUUAAGGAAGGGGGGAGAGGAGUGGGGGGUGGGGUGUAGGAAGAAGGACUCUUAGCAAGAUCCUUCUUUAGGACUAUUAGCGUGACUUCCCAGUCUUUAUGAUGCCCUUUUCAAAUAAAUGUUAAUGUUGUCACCACC